AUUUGACAACAUAAGUCUCUCCUCUCCCGUUCCACGUGGAUGUACAGAAAGGCUCUCUGAAUCUACUACAAAGAAGACGAAUUAUAAACUUAAAUUCACAUUAAAUCCGACCUAUUAUAAGAUAUUGGUUUACACGUAAAAUAAAUCUCUAGGUUGAUUAUGCACUGCGUUAAAACGCUACGAGCGUCUAGAGUCGGUAUUUUACUCAUUAGAAAUGCUAGGAAAUGGGAGAGAGUUGCGGAAAGUUGCGGCAGAAGGCAAGCCCCCGCGCACCUGCUUCAUACGAGCGCAUCACCUGGUCAGCAUCCCCGUCAUCAGCACCUGGCAACAGAUACAGACACGUACAGUAAGAAGGUGGUUACUGGUUUGGAGGACCUGUUGUUCUACACAAUCACCCAGGGAGAAGAGAAAAUCUCAGUGGCACGGUUCCUAGCUGCCCUCAGAAAUACAGGACUGCUGACCACUGACCCCCGUUUGAGAGACUGCAUGCGACAGAUUCACCAAGCGGUCCAAAAUUCUGUUGGUAACGCAAUGAUGGACCAGGAACUGUUUAGAAGAUGUGUUAGCAGUAAUAUUGUGCUGCUGACGCAAGCCUUCCAAAAGAAGUUCAUCAUUCCAGAUUUCGAGGCCUUUUCAUCCCUUAUCAACCAUCUGUAUUAUAAUGCACAAGCUCAGGAAGGAGGGAAAGUAGCCAACUACAUCCCCCAGCUGGCAAAGUUCAGCCCUCGUCUCUGGGGAGUUUCUCUGUGUACAGUUGAUGGUCAGAGACAUUCUGUAGGAGACACAAAUAUGCCGUUCUGUCUCCAGUCCUGCAUGAAGCCUCUGGAGUACGCACUGGCCGUGCAUGAGUCCGGCACUGAACAUGUGCACAGAUAUGUGGGAAAAGAACCCAGUGGCCUUAAAUUCAACAAACUCUAUUUAGAUGAAGAAGAUAAACCCCAUAAUCCCAUGGUGAAUGCAGGAGCCAUUGUAAUAAGCUCUCUUGUAAAGCCUGACUCCAACAAAGCAGAGAAGUUUGAUUUUAUUAUGGAUUAUCUGAAAAGAAUGGCGGGAAGAGAAUAUGUUGGGUUCAGUAAUGCUACUUUCCAAUCAGAGAAAGAAACUGGUGAUAGGAACUAUGCAAUUGGUUAUUAUCUCAAAGAGAAAAAAUGUUUUCCCAAAGGAGCCGACAUGAUGGCAGCCCUUGAUUUUUACUUUCAGCUAUGUUCUAUUGAGAUAACAUGUGAAUCUGGCAGCGUCAUGGCAGCCACAUUGGCUAAUGGAGGGAUUUGUCCAAUCACAGGCGAGCGUGUGCUCAGUGCAGAGGCUGUACGAAACACUCUCAGUCUCAUGCACUCCUGCGGCAUGUAUGACUUCUCUGGGCAGUUUGCCUUUCACGUGGGCUUGCCUGCUAAAUCUGGAGUGUCUGGUGCAGUGCUGCUCGUGGUUCCUAAUAUCAUGGGAGUGAUGUGCUGGUCUCCACCUCUUGACCGCCUCGGCAACAGCAUCCGAGGAAUCCACUUCUGUCAGGAGCUUGUCUCCCUCUUUAAUUUCCACAAUUACGACAAUCUGAGACACUUUGCCAGGAAGCUAGACCCUCGCAGACAGACAGGACAUGAGAGGAACAAGUCUGUGGUGGAUCUGAUGUUUGCUGCUUACAGUGGUGAUGUUUCAGCUCUCAGGAGAAUCGCUCUCUCUGCUGUUAAUAUGGAACUGACUGACUAUGACUCCCGUACUGCCCUACAUGUGGCCUCCGCAGAAGGUCACUUAGAUGCUGUAAGGUUUUUAACAGACACCUGCAAAGUCAACCCAAAUGCAAAAGACAGAUGGGGGAACACGCCCCUUGAUGACGCUAUGCAAUUUGGGCACAAUGUUGUGGUCAAGAUACUGCAGGAGUACCAGAGCACUUAUACGCACACACUAGUACCCGAGAAGCUCAGUACAGUCGCAUGCCCUCAUUCCUCUCUGGACGCAGAGGAACUGAAGAGCAUGGAGAGCCUGGAGGGUUUAAUAUGAAUGAGCAUCACUGUGGGAAAAUCCCAAACCACCCUCACUCAUGACAUUAGACUGCAAGGUAGCAUGUUGGUGUGAGAUGCCAAUCAAAGGCCGAAAUUCAUGACAAAGCCUGUAUAGGACCACACUGUCCAGCCAUGUACAGUAAUACAGAGAGACAGUAUUUUACAUCAAACCAAAGUUCUGAAACUACCAAGUGUUUAGAUCUGGUGCAGUUCACAAAGGACAGUUUGGACCAAUUUAGAAAUGUUUAUGUUUCCACGCUCUGCCAAGUGCAUUACUACAGAUUAUCUUAAAUGUAAUAACUGAUACUUACACUCCAACACUGGUCAGUUCAGAAGUCUUACAAACUCAAUAGCAUCUUGCAUGCUUGCUUUAAAUAAACACAUUAAAAUGAAGAUUCAUUAGUUUAGAGCAGGUAUUUGUAUAUAUGCACAAAUGUUUAAAUGCUUGUUUAUAUGUUUUUGUAAAGUAUUUAUAUUAAUAAUGUAGGGCACAAAAGCUUCAACUUUGCUGUUGAACUUGGUUCAUAUUUGGAAAUAAAUAAAUAGUAUUUAAAGGGACACAAGGCAGCAUUUUUAUGUUAAUAAAUCAUCUUCGUAAGUCGGUAUAUGGUUAAAUGACUCAUUACAUGACGAAUGAAGACUCUCUCGCCCGCCCCUACCGUCUGUAGGAAGAAUACCCCACUUGCAAGUUCGCUGUAUCCGACCCGGUGUCCUUCAGUCUCGUAUAGUCUUAGAUAUAGAACGCAUUUACUCCCAGACACUAGGGGGAGCUAGUAGAGAAAUAAUACUCAGACUUGCCUUGUGUGCCUUUAAGACUUAUUGUAUAUGCACUUUAUCAUUAAAACUGUGAUUUGUGAGACUAAGAAAAUAAAGUGAGGCAUGUUAAAGUGUG